UUAUUUAUUUUUAAAUAAAUAAUAAAAAAAAGUCUAUCUUGUCCUACAAUUCAUACCUAAGUAAUAUAAAAACACCCAACCAUGCUGUUGUCCAAAUCUCCAAAUUUCCAUUGGUUGUCUUUUCUUUUACAUACAAUACAAGACAACACCAAUGUUGUUACUAUGAGGAAUGAUUGCCAUAUCAUAUCUUUUGUAAUCAAGUGAUCUUAAAUUCUUAGUUCGUCCCCCUAGCUCCUGUGUUCCAUAUAUAGUUACCAUAAAAGCACCAUCUUACUUCCUUCUUCUUCUUUAUGAUCAUGGAUGGUAACAAUAAUAACUGGGUUGUUAAGGAUGGUGAUCACGAUGAUGAUAUAUGUGACGCUUCAAUAUCCACGGGAUCCAUCUCAUCAGAAGAUUCAAUGAACUCCGCGUGUUCAUCUUCUUCAACAGAUGAUGAGUUCGCUGAGGAUGCAUCCUCCUCGUCAUCGUCAUCGAAUUCAAACGGCCCUCUAUACAAGCUGUCAGAACUCAUGAACCAUCUCCCGAUAAAGAGAGGGUUGUCCAUGUUUUACCAAGGGAAAGCAGAAUCUUUCACUUGUUUAGAGAGGGUGCAGAGCAUAGAAAAUCUUGCUAAGAAAGAAAAUGGUAGCAGCCGUUACAGAAACAGAAACAGAAUAAUGAAAUCAUGGAGAGGCUUGGAUACUAGUAACAGAAGAAUGAUGAGAAUAUCAUCUUCGUACACUAGUCCCAAGGCAAAAAUAUCAAAGAAGCCACCGUCAAGGGGAUCUUCUUUUGCUUCUCUAGUAACUAAUAAACAGAGACUCAGCAUUAGUAGUAGUAGUUCUCUCUUUGGAGCAUCUACGCGUUCUAAUGUACACAAGAAUUUUUAAUUUGAAAUCCAUUAUAUUAUUGGCCAGGAUUUUGAAUUCCACCAUUUUACUUUUUGGGUCUACAAUCGUCAAUUUUGUUGCUUGGCUAUUUAUGUUGUUCUAGUCUUAGCCAAUCGUUAUCAAAAAUUCUCAACUACAAACAAUUUUAACAUUUAAGUUUAUGUAAGUCAUUUGAGUUAUCUGCUA